AUGGGAUUAACAGUUCUACUCGGAAGUGAUGACUUGCUCGCUGCAUUCGCUUGUGGUACCGCAUUCGCUUGGGACGGCUGGUUCCAAAAACAAACAGCUGAUUCAAAUUUUUCCAGCAUUGUGGACUUAAUUUUUAAUGUUGCUACAUUUAUCUACAUCGGCGCCGAGAUGCCUUGGCGCGAGUUUAACGACAGCGCAAUGAACCUCAGUGUUGGGCGUUUGAUCGGACUUAGUAUUCUUGUGCUGAUACUGAAACGGAUUCCGAUCGUGAUUCUGUGCUGGAAGUUCAUUCCUGAUAUCAAAACUUUCCAUGAAGCCAUUUUCACCGGUUAUUUUGGACCAAUGGGUGUAGGUGCCAUUUUUAUGUGCACUUAUGGCAGAAGAAUGCUCCCAGAAAAUGUGAAUAUCCCCCCCCAAACGCCCAAUGAAGUGCUCUCGCUGACGAUUCAACCGAUCGUGUUUUUUUUUGUACUCGCAUCUGUGAUUGUGCAUGGAUUCACAAUUCCUUUCUUUGCAUUUGGAAAACGUGCGCAAGUCAACUUGAAUCGCACGCUCAGUAUCUACCCCUCCACUUUCCCGAACAGCGAGCCAAGUUGGGUUCACAGGAUACGUCGUUUCAAUACUAAUGCCACGGCCGCUAGCGCAGAGCCCGACCAAGUACCCAGUUCUGUUGUCCAAGCCAUGCAAGAAGGGUAUGAGCGACACAAAGCAAGCGGCAACGUGGAACCGGAGGAGAAUCCGGAUGAAAAUAUGCCCAAAUCAAAACCGUUCACAAAACCUGAGAAGAGCGUUGGAUUCGGCCGCGUGCAGACGAUUGAUGACGUCGACGACGCGAAUGUGUCUGAAGGUGAUGACUGGGAGGGUGAAGACACAGUGGAAAUGCGUAGACAUCGAAUGCGGCUGGAAGAUGAGAAACGCAAGGAAAUGUUCGAAGGGCAGGAUAUUACAGACGUGCCAAGAAAUAAUGAUGAUCAUGAUUUGGAGAAGCAAGCUGUCAUGUUCUCAGAUGAUGAAAACAACCAAGAGUAUCCGAAGAUGCGUGAAUGGGUCGAGGGAAAUAAUCUUUUGGUGGAGGUCACAGAAAGGCCUCUUGAUGAACCAGAGACAGUCGUUGUUCCUUUGACAGAAGAAAUGCGAGAAGACUUGGAAUUGAAAGAGAAUCCUUUGCGUUCAGCUCUAAUGAUGUAUGAAGACAAGCUUGCGAAGCACAUCGGUUGGGAAGGCAAGUCGAAACUCUUUGAUCUUCCUCUCUCACAGCUGAGGCAGCACCGUGUGCUUUCGAAACUUUCGGAAUUUACAUCUCACAUUCGAAAGGAACGAAGAAACUCUGUGACUGGCUCUAGAGACUUGGGCUCGUCGUCUAGCAUACAGCAACAACAGCAUCCAAAUUCUAUUCGCCCUAACAAUCAUGACAGCUCGUCAGAACUUGAAGUUGUCGCUGUCAAGCCUGAUGGAACAAUCCUGCAAUAA